UGGAUCCCACUGGCCGGUAGCCCAGUCAUCUGCGGCCGGGUUGGGAUUUGCCCUUGUCUCCCUGCCCCUUCCCCACCUUUGGAGCGCAAGGGGGUGAGCAAUCCCCCGCGUCAGUCUGAGUUAUGAAGGGCUCUGAAUAAACGUGAGACUGUUGUCGCGUUAGCAUUAUGGCCGUUUUAUUGUUGACACCUUGGCAGUUUCUGGAUUGAAGAGCGUUGACUGGCCUCUCGCCUCACUUGGUGGAAGGUGUUCUAGGAUCCUUCGCGCUAUGGCUGGAUUGUUCUUGUGCAGGUGCCUUUGCCAGCUCUUUCGCCUACAAUGCAGAUGGGGACUAUCGCUCGGUGGGAGAAGAAGGAAGGGGAGAAGAUCAGUGAGGGAGAUCUGAUUGCAGAGGUGGAAACAGACAAAGCGACAGUGGGAUUUGAGAGUCUGGAAGAAUGUUAUUUGGCCAAGAUCCUGGUAGCAGAAGGGACAAGAGAUGUUCCCAUUGGGUCUGUAAUAUGUAUCACAGUUGAAAAGCCUGAGUUUAUUGAUGCCUUUAAGAAUUUUACCUUGGAUUCUGCAGCAUCUGCUGCUCCAGCAGCCUCAGUGCCUCCUCCUCCAACGGCAGCUCCCCCACCACCAGCUCAGCCCUCUGUGCAGGCUCCAGGCAGCUCCUACCCUCCUCACAUGCAGAUUCUUCUCCCUGCUCUCUCGCCUACGAUGACAAUGGGCACGGUUCAGAGGUGGGAGAAGAAGGUUGGUGAGAAACUGAGUGAAGGAGACUUAUUGGCAGAAAUUGAAACAGACAAAGCCACGAUAGGCUUUGAAGUGCAGGAAGAAGGUUAUCUGGCAAAAAUUCUGGUGUCUGAAGGAACAAGGGAUGUGCCAUUAGGAACCCCACUCUGUAUCAUUGUGGAGAAGGAGUCUGAUAUUCCAGCAUUUGCUGACUACAGGGAGACUGGAGUAGCUGACAUCAAACCACAAGCACCACCACCCAGUCCUCCCCCUCCGGCGGCAGCACCUCCACCCCAGCCCACUGCUCCUUCAGCUCCAGCAGUCACAUCACCCGGGGCUCCCGCACAUAAAGGAAGGGUAAUAAUUAGCCCCCUGGCGAAGAAAUUGGCAGCAGAAAGAGGAAUUGACAUUGCGCAGGUGAAAGGUACUGGACCAGAUGGCAGAAUCACAAAGAAAGAUAUUGAGUCAUUUGUGCCUCCAAAGGUUGUCCCUCCCCAGGCAGCUCCUGUUGCACCUGCAGCUCCAACAGCAGCACCACCUCCUUCAGGCGUCUUCACAGAUAUCCCCAUCAGUAAUAUUCGGAGGGUCAUUGCUCAGCGUUUGAUGCAGUCUAAACAAACAAUACCUCACUACUAUCUGUCUAUUGAUAUAAAUGUGGGAGAAAUACUGGAGCUCAGGAAAGAACUUAAUAAGGAGGUGUCAGAGAACAUUAAGCUUUCUGUCAAUGAUUUCAUCAUUAAAGCUUCAGCUCUGGCAUGUGUGAAGGUGCCUGAAGCCAAUUCCUCAUGGUUGGACACUGUUAUCAGGCAAAAUCAUGUAGUGGAUGUUAGCAUUGCAGUGAGUACUCCCGCAGGGCUUAUAACGCCCAUCGUGUUCAAUGCGCACAUAAAGGGACUGGCUUCCAUUAGUAAAGACGUUGCCUCUUUGGCAGCCAAAGCACGAGAAGGUAAACUUCAGCCCCAUGAAUUCCAGGGAGGCACUUUUACGGUUUCCAAUUUAGGAAUGUAUGGGAUUAAGAAUUUCUCUGCCAUAAUCAAUCCCCCUCAGGCAUGUAUUCUGGCAGUUGGUACUUCAGAAAACAGGCUGGUGCCAGCAAAUAAUGAGAAGGGGUUUGAUGUGGCCAGCAUGAUGUCAGUUACUCUCAGUUGUGACCAUCGAGUUGUGGAUGGAGCAGUUGGAGCCCAGUGGCUUGCUGAGUUCAAAAAGUUCCUUGAAAAGCCAACAACCAUGCUGCUAUAAUUGAACCAAACAACCAAGACUUUCCUAGGUCACAUUGUUCUGUUCUAAUCAAGCUAUUUAUAUUUCAGUGAUUAGACUCUAUUAAACAAAUUUUCCUUAUUUUAAAUAUGUAUAUUAACUGGUAAUUUUUACCAGUCUGUACAGAUAAAUAGUUUGCGGAAGGCUUUACAGAGCAAUAUAGUUAUACUGUAUUUUAUACAGUUAAUUUGCCAAUGUUUCUCAAAAAAAAAGAAAAAAGUCAAGCGUUUUGGAUUUAAAAUCAUGUGAGAACUCCUUAAAGGUCGGGAGGUGGAGGGGAGAGCAUACACAGAUAUAUAAUCCCUUGUGUUCUCAGAAAUAAGAGAACCAGAUUGUAAACAUCUGUGCAAAAGCAUUUGUAAGGAUUGGUAGCUCAAAUUUACAAGCUAGUUGGCUUUUUUUUAAAAAGUGAACCCUAAGUGGUCUGUUCUCCUGCUAGUAUUAGUGAGAGUGACAGGCACAUAUUGAGAGGAGCAAUAUUUUUUCAUAGGACAAAGGGUUCACAUUCCAAUUCCUCCUUGAAAUUCAACACUAGCUCAGAUUUUCACAGCUAAGUGAACCCUUUUAGAGGACUUUAAAAAAUCAUUAAAAAAAAAAUAAAUAAGAGGCAAGAGAGAAGUUGCACUAAUCAGGCUAUCAAAACAGUAAAUCAAAUCUCUUCUAAAUGCCACAGAGAAUGUGCCCCAUCCUUGUGGAUUUUUACGUGUGUGUAUUUUUGUAUGAAUUAUCUUAAAUGGCUGCUUUCCCUCUUGCAGUGUUAACAAUACACCCUGUUGCAAUGGAAAUAGUUGUUCUGCAGAACAGUCAGGAGAAUUUCUUGCUAUGUGUGUUGAUACCCAUUAUUAGCAUGUGUCAUUUGGCCAUUGGAAUCCCAUCCCUGGGAAUCAUUUCUGUGAUGACUUGGAUGUUUGAAAAUUGAUUUUUCAGACAUUCUUGACAUAGGAAUCUCUGACAUGAGUUGAGGUCAUUGAUACCACAAUUCUUAGAUGAAAUGUCUUUACUGUCCCAGCCUUAGUAAACUGCGAAUGUGCUGUUCCAUGUAUAUAAUGUAUGUAAAAUGCUUUAAAUGGUUUUCUAUUGGACUUGUACCCAAAUACACUAAUAAUUGUGUCCUACAGUGGGGGGACACAUUGUGGCCACUGCCAAUAUUCCACUUUCCAAAGGGAAAUGUUAACUUUAAAAUGAUCAUGUAGUUGAUCAGUGAUCAGGAGAGCUUGGUAGGAACAAAAGGUUAAAUAAAUUCUAUAUAGAAACUUAUUCUGUACCCUAUACAUUAAGUAUUGUCUCUUGUAAAGCUGUGCUACAGAAUCCACUAAAGGUAAUACUGAAAAAAUAUACUGUGGAGAUGAAAUAUUUUUGUGAGAACUAUUUAACGUUUUACUUGAUUGGUUGCAGUUAUGCCUAACUUUAAUGGUUGGGUAAGAAGAAAAGUUGUUGCACUUAAGUUUAAAAAUGUUCUAAUUCUCUCAAUUCCGGAUUCUCUAGUGAGUCCAUGUGUUCUAUUAAAUCUUUGGAAUUGUAAGACAAAUAAAAAUUGUCCCACUGCUUUUUCUGUUUAGUAA